GUCAGUAUCGCUUCUCGGCCUUUUGGCUAAGAUCAAGUGUAGUAUCUGUUCUUAUCAGUUUAAUAUCUGAUACGUCCUCUAUCCGAGGACAAUAUAUUAAAUGGAUUUUUGGAAUUAGGAGAUGGAAUAGGAGCUUGCUCCGUCCACUCCACGCAUCGACCUGGUAUUGCAGUACUUCCAGGAACGGUGCACCCCCCCUUCGGGGGAUUUAUGCUGUUUAAAAGUUAGAACUGGUGUUUUUAAACUACAGCUGGGUAUCUACUUGCAGUAAACUGUACAUUUCAGGAUGUACUAAUUAAUCAUCCGACGGCAUAAUAGCGAAGAGUGUCUUAUUCGGUGUUCUUUAAUGUUUAGUUUCAUCCCGAGAGACCGCUGAAUUACAUCCCAUCCAGUCUAAGCUUUUGAAAACAAGAUGUACAUGAUGCUUCGGAGCAGGGAGACGGACUAGGCCCGGCUUCAGGAGACGCGGUCCGCUUAGGUGCCUUCCACUCCAAGUGCAAAACUGUCAAGUUACUCUCCAGAUCACAAACAAGUAUCUCCAGAUUUCGUCUUCGUAAAGCAAAACCAGCUGGCGAAGUUAGGGGAUCUUUACUCUUCCAGCUUUUUGUUUGUUUUUGAGUGAUCUCUACACCCAACCUGGGGGCUCAAACUCAAGACACCGAGAUCAAAAGUCGCAAACUCUUCCCACGGAACCAGCCAGGUUCUUUCCUUCCGGCUCCUUAAACUCCAGGAGAGGGCGGUCCUCCCGAUGGGGCUCGGCGCGCGCUGGUGACGCCGACACUGCGCCGGAAGUACGCGCCGUGGGCUGCCGCGUCCCGCUAUGGCGGCUGCUGGGGCACGCUGGAACCAUGUGUGGGUGGGCACCGAGACUGGGAUCCUGAAAGGGGUGAACCUUCAGCGCAAACAGGCGGCGAACUUCACGGCGGCAGGACAGCCGCGGCGCGAGGAGGCGGUGAGCGCCCUGUGCUGGGGCGCGGGCGGCGAGACUCAGAUCCUGGUGGGUUGCGCCGACAGAACGGUGAGGUACUUCAGCACCGAGGAGGGCCGAUUCCGGGGCCAGAAGCACUGCCCUGGCGGGGAGGGCACGUUCCGAGGUCUCGCCCAGGUCGACGGCACCCUUAUCACAUGUGUGGAAUCUGGGAUUAUCCAAGUCUGGCGUGACAAUGACAAGGAGGCAUCCUCUGACCCACUCCUGGAACUGAGUGUGGGUCCCGGGGUGUGUAGGAUGCGCCAAGACCCGGCACACCCCCACAUGGUUGCCACGGGUGGGAAAGAGCAUGCUUUGAAGGUGUGGGACCUACAGGGGUCUGAGGAGCCUGUGUUCAGGGCCAAGAAUGUACGGAACGACUGGCUUGACCUGCGGGUUCCCAUCUGGGAUCAGGACAUACAGUUCCUCCCUGGGUCUCAGAAGCUUGUCACCUGCACAGGGUACCACCAGGUCCGUGUCUAUGAUCCAGCCUCCCCCCAGCGCCGGCCAGUCCUGGAGGCCACCUAUGGAGAGUACCCGCUUACAGCCAUGACCCUCACUCCUGGGGCCAAUUCAGUGAUCGUGGGGAACACUCACGGGCAGCUGGCAGAAAUUGACCUUCGGCAAGGGCGCCUCCUGGGCUGUCUGAAGGGGUUGGCAGGCAGUGUCCGAGGAUUACAGUGCCACCCUUCAAAGCCCCUACUAGCCUCCUGUGGCUUGGACAGAGUCUUGAGGGUACACAGGAUCCGGAAUCCACGGGGUCUGGAGCAUAAGGUUUAUCUCAAGUCUCAACUGAACUGCCUUCUCUUGUCAGGCAGGGAUAACUGGGAGUUUUCUCCCACCCACCAGGAUGAGCCCCAAGAGCCCCAAGAGGCCAAAAAGGCGCCCCCAGAAGACACAGAGACAGAUCAACUUUGGGCCUCCUUAGAGGCAGCUGCCAAGCGGAAGCUCCCUGAUUUGGAGCCGACCCAAGGGGCUCUCCAAACCAGACGGAGAAAAAAGCAGCGGCCUGGGUCCACCAGCCCCUGAAGAGCCUGUGCUCACUUUGUAAAUAAAUAUCUCAGCACUCACCAUGACCCUGAGCCUUUUGUGAUGGGAGAAAGGAAAAAGGGGUGGCUGCUCCCAGCGCUGGUGCAGUGGGGUAUCUGACGUCACAAAAGCAAGGCCGGGAGCCUGGCGGCCUGGCGAGGGUGGCACGGAGUUCGGGGCCGCUCGGGGGUAUGGGCUGCUGCCAAAACAAGGACUUUCAGAUCUCCGAUGAGCCGGCCAAGGAGGCCGAGUCGGAGGAAGGCGAAGGUGGGACCCAAGACACACCAACGGGCCCGGGGAGCAGGAGAAGGGGCUGCCCCGACCGGGACCGCCCAGGAGGUUGGACCGGGGAGGGUAGAGCAGAGCUCAGUGGCCUCGUCAUCCCCGCAGGCUUCGAAAGGGUCGAUGAGGAGCCGCAGAACCGCGGGAAUCGCAGGUCGAAUGAAAGCCUUUUGAUCACCGUGCUGUGGCGGCGGCUAUCCCUGUUCGGCCGUCGGGGGUCAAACAAGAGGCAAUCAGCCCAGAAUCAAAAGCAGGGGUUACGGGAGAGGACCCGGGAGGGGAUCCUGGAGGAGCCGGAGAAGGGGUGACCCCAGCCCUGCUCUCAGUCUGCCCCAGCCCCUAGAGAAUAAAAUUUCUAACAUGUA